ACCAACAGUUAAUGCCUUGUGAAGCGAAAAGUUGCAUGUUUGUAAGAAACAAAUCCUGUGCAUAUUUCUCUCCUGAUUCAGAUUAGACUUUUUCAUGGGAGGAAGCAAUAUUAUGGAUAGAGGACUUUAUUACAUGCAGCUUUCCGGUUCACAAUUGAUGGUUGUGUGGAUUUCUGUGAUGUUUUUAUCAGCUGUUUGGACUCAUUCUGACGGCACCCAUUCACCGCAGAGGAUCCAUUGUUGAGCAGGCGAUGUAAUUUCUCCAUAUCUGUUCUGAUUAAAUAAACUAAUCUUUAUUUUGGAUGGCCUGAGGGUGAGUACAUUUUUAGUUUUGGUUGAACUGUUCCUUUAAAGAAAAACAUGAAACACUUCACCUUCAAACAAUGUGAAAUAGUUAUUAUAGAUCAGUACCAGAAAUUUUAAACCUUUUCACUGUUUACAAAUCCCUUUGUAUGUAACAGCUGCGUCGCAUUAGAGUCAUUUUACUCUGAUGAGUCACUGAAUGUUGGACGAACAUUACUGCAAUGCCCAACAUAGUUGCAUGUGAGUAAAAUAAGAAAAAUCCAUUGUGAAAUAAAUAAAAAAAUUGAUAAAACGUGCUGGACUAAAGCAUAAUAAAACACAAAAUGUGAUUUAUUGUCCUGCCCAAACACCCAAAUCAUAUCUUGAUUAAAAACACAAACAUGAUAUGAUAUUUUUCACCCUUUCAUACUAUCUCCUACAUCUGUGUGUUCUCUUUUGUCUGUUGGAAUGAUAUAACAACACAGUUGUUAGCGCAAUAGCCAAUAGUGAGCAGGAGGGGGCUGGUCUGGACCACUCUCCACUCCAUCCUGUCUUUUAAAACUCUGGGAAGUUCACGAAACUAUCAGACUUGAGUUUGAAGGACAAGGGAAACAAAUUAAUCGGUCAAGCCACUCAAGAACUUGCCAAACUUUUUUGGGGAGUGUGUCUUUAAUUUAUUAUUUGUUACCAACAGCUGCCCAUCAGUGGCUCUGGCACUAUGUGGGACUUCACGGUCGUGACUCUGGUGCUGUCUACCAUCUUUGUUGUGUCUCUGGCACAAGGACCCGCCUGGGACAGCUCACAUCUUCGGAGGUUGAACAAAACAGACAGGAACAGAAAGCUGGCUUACAACAGCCUAGUGGAGCCACAGACCACAGGCAUAACCGAGUGGACUUCCUGGUUCAAUAUCGACCAUCCAGGAGGAAACGGUGACUACGAGAGGUUAGAAGCCAUUCGCUUCUACUACCGGGAAAGGGUCUGCUCACGACCUGUAGCCAUCGAGGCCCGUACCACGGACUGGGUUGAAGCUGCGGAUACAGGGGAGGUGGUCCAUUCCAGUCUGGAGAAGGGCUUCUGGUGCAUCAAUAAGGAGCAGCCAUUUGGUCGCAGCUGCUCCAACUACCAUGUGCGAUUCCAGUGUCCACCAGUCCACUCAUACUGGACCGACUGGAGUGAAUGGACGCCUUGCUCUGCCACCGCCUGUAACGACGUUGGCAUCCAAGUCCGUCAGAGGAAAUGCAUGAGCACGCAACCUCUUCCACUGCUUCUUUCACCCGUCUGUGUGGGACCUCACAUCGAACGGAGAGAGUGUUCAACACCACCAUGUGAAGCUAUGUGGAGCCAAUGGGGUUCAUGGAGUGCUUGCUCGGUCACUUGUGGGAAGGGUCGCAGGACAAGGCGUAGGACAUGUCACAGAUCUUCUACUAAGAUUCAGUGCACAGGACGACCUGUGGAGGUUCAAAAGUGUGGAAAUCCAUGUUCAGUGGCAUGCAAACGUGUCUGUCCUGGGGGACAUCCCAGUAGGGACUGCAGCUACUGUAUCUGUGAUGGACAAACACUAAAUGGGGAGGUCUUCAGUGUUACAGGUGUCCCAGUGCCAAACGCCACAGUGGCUCUGGCUAGCCAAGCCAAGGUCGUUCGUGCCCACACUGACGCCAAGGGUCAGUUCAAGAUUGAUGGACUGUGCACCACCCCACAGACCCGAGUGGUCAUAAUAAAGGACAAAUUUGCACCUGUUACUCUCCCUGUUUCCAACAAUAGCACUGAUGAACUCUGGGUACGGGCCAUCUUGCGAUCAUCAGAAAAGCCAUAUAUUGAGAAGCACCCAGAAGACAAAGUGCGUUACGAGGGACAGCGUGCAACCCUUUGCUGUAGAGCAACAGGAUCACCAAAACCUGAUAAAUAUUACUGGUACCAAAACGGAACAUUACUGAAUCGCACAGUAUACAAGUACGACGAAGAUUUGAUAUUGCGGGACCUGAAACCAGAGCAUUCAGGGCAAUAUCACUGCAAAGCAACUAGUCUGACAGGCAGCAUCAAGUCUGCUUCAGCCGUCCUCACUGUUUUCACUAAAGGAACACCAGCGUGCAACUCAACACCUGAUUACCACCUGAUCAAAUUGCCAUUAGACUGCAAGCAGCCUGAAACAGACUCCAAGUUUUACAAUGCAGGUCGCUGUCCACACAACAAAUGCCCUGGGGCGCUGGACUUUGACAUGCGCUGCAGGGAUGGAUCUGGCUUCUGCUGUGGGGUCAAGAAAAUGGACGCUAGAGAGAUCAAAUGUGGCCGUUACACCCUACCUAUCAAGGUUGUGAGUGAGUGUGGCUGUCAGACUUGUGUGGAGCCCAAGGUUCUGGUACGGGGGAGAGUGGUGUCAGCAGACAAUGAUGAACCCCUGCGCUUUGGACACAUUUACAUAGGGAAAGAACGGAUUGGUACCACAGGAUAUCAGGGUGGGUUCACAAUCCAGGUUUCUCCGGAUACACAGCGACUUGUGGUAAACUUUGUGGACCCUUCUGAGAAGUUCAUUGACACAAUCAAGGUUUUUAUCUUUGACAAGAGAGGAGGUGCUGUAUAUCAUGACGUAAAAGUGAUGAGAAAGCAGGAACCUAUUGAUAUCAACGCUGCAGAAAGCAAUACCAUUUACCUAGGUGAAAUGAAAGAUGAGGACCCCAUCGGUCAACUGGUAAUACCUCCAAACUCUUUCCAUAAACACACAGGGGAAGUUUACGAAGGGACUGUUAAGGCCAGCGUCACGUUCCUCGACCCGCGCAACAUUACCAUGGCUGCUGCCGCUCCUGGUGAUCUCAACUUUGUAGACAAUGAAGGAGACAUGCUACCUCUCAGGACAUAUGGAAUGUUUUCAGUAGAUUUUAGAGAUGAGGCAAACCAGGAGGUUCUAGGAGCCGGUGCAGUUCAGGUUCUCCUUGAUACGGAGCAUGUAAAAAUGCAGGAACACAUCCCUACAAUGAAACUCUGGUCCCUGAAUCCCGAUACAGGCAUUUGGGAGGAGGAGAGUAACUUUAAACCCACACAAAACACCAUUGCUGGCAGUGGGAGAAACAAACGAGAAGAGCGUACGUUCCUGAUAGGAAAUAUGGAAAUCAGGGAGCGUAGGUUGUUCAAUCUCGAUGUACCUGAGAAUCGCCGCUGCUAUGUCAAAGUUAGGGCAUACAUGAGCGACAAGUUCCUGCCCAGUGAGCAACUAGAAGGUGUGGUAAUAAACUUGAUAAACCUGGAGCCUAAGCCCGGCUACUCGUCAAAUCCAAGGGCUUGGGGACGCUUUGACAGUGUGAUAACAGGACCAAAUGGUGCUUGCCUUCCAGCUUUCUGUGAUGCUCAGAGGCCUGAUGCAUAUACUGCUUACGUCACAGCUAUAAUGGGAGGUGAGGAACUGGAAGCAGCCCCCUCAAUGCCAAAAAUGAACCCAAACAUUAUUGGUGUGUCUCAGCCAUACUUAGGGAAGUUAGAUUACCAGCGCUCAGAUCAUGAGGAUCCAGCACUUAAGAAAACAGCUUUCCGAAUCAACCUAGCUAAACCAAACCCUAACAAUUUUGAUGAAACAAAUGGACCAAUCUAUCCCUAUCAGAGAUUAAUUGCAUGUGAAAAUGCACCUGUUGAUGCCAACCACUUUCGCUUUUUCCGUGUCGAAAAAGAUAAAUAUGAGUACAAUGUAGUACCCUUUCAGGAGAGUGACCUCACAUCUUGGACUAGAGACUAUCUUUCCUGGUGGCCAAAUCCACAAGAGUUCAGAGCUUGUUACAUCAAAGUUAAGAUUCAUGGAGCUACAGAAAUCAUAGUAAGGUCAAGAAACCUUGGUGGCACUCAUCCUCAGACAAGAGGUCAGUUGUAUGGCAUUAGAGACAUUCGUAGUACCCGUGACAUAAACCAUCCUAACACCUCUGCUGCUUGUCUUGAGUUCAAGUGCAGCGGGAUGCUCUUUGAUCAAGAUACUGUAGACAGGUCACUCAUUUCCGUCAUCCCACAAGGUAACUGCCGGCGCAUAGGCAUCAACGGUCUCCUACAAGAGUAUCUGAUAAAGCAUCCUCCUGUUCUUCAGAAGAAUGAGUCUCAUGCGUUCAAUAUGUUAGCUCCUGUUGACCCACUUGGACACAAUUAUGGAAUAUACACCGUCACAGACCAGAACCCACGCGUUGCCAAAGAGAUUGCCAUUGGCCGCUGCUUCGAUGGAACUUCAGAUGGUUUUUCCAGGGAGAUGAAGUCAGAUUCUGGAGUGGCACUGACAUUCAGCUGCCCUAAAAGAACUGUGAAUCGUGAGAGCUUAUUCCAGCGCUUGCAAACAAAUCCUGGCCUAACACUAACACAGAUGGCACGGGAGAUGAGGGAGUCCCAGGGACUGCAAGUCAGAAGGGGGUCAACUCAAAUGGUGGCCUACCCUUUUGGCCAACAGGGCGGGAGCCAGAACCGCAGAGCCACAAACACUAACAGAAGGAGAUCUGCACAACCAAGACAGUAGAUGUUUUUUUAGGUGAGUUCUCAGAGCACACCUUUAAAAAAAUAAUUUCAAGAUGUUGAUGAAAAUCAAGUGCAUGCUUUCCAUUCGAAUGCAGGACUUUUGGGUUGAAGAAAGCGAAGAAAAAGACUCAAAAAAUUUGCUAUGGAAAUCCCAAACUUGGCCAGCCGGGUGAUAAUGGAUGCUCUGUCCUAAUGGAGCAAAAUCCUUAAAUGAUUUAAACUCUUUCCAGUUGUGUAUGGAAAACUGUCCUCUCAUACUUCCUCAAAGUUUACUUCAUUAAUUUGAACAUAACAUAAUUCAUAA